GUUUUAAAGUUGAAAAGCUUUUGAAAUUUCAUUUUAAUCCAUCAGGAUUGCUGUACCAUAAAGUCAUUUGUGCGGCCUGUCUAAAAUUACGCCUUGAAACGCGAGACCUUAGUGCUAAGUUGAUUAGAGGGAUUAAAACAAUCAUACAUUGUGAAAUAAACGCUAAAGUCUAUGAUUGUAUCAUUCCUGUUUGUUACAGCUCGCAUUAUGUUUCAGUCUAUAGAUUGUUUAGCACUUCACAAGUUCUUUGAUAAAUUUCAAUAGAUGUUUGUUCAUGUUCCUCAAAACACCAAGGUGUAUUCAUCUUUUGGAUUUUUGGAAUUGUGAAUAUAUAAUACUAAAAUAUUACUAAAAAUCAUGGUAAUUUUAGAUAAUUUGUUGUAUUCUGUGAAACAUAGAAACUGGACUGUCGUGCAACUUACAAUUUAAUUGUUAUAUGGUGUAUUUGUUUUAUAUUUGAGAAAUAAUAUUAUUUUUGAAUAGUACGCUAUUCUUUAGCAAGUCAUUAUAACAGCGGAAUAUCCAUCAUUUAUGUUCACGGAUAUGGGAAGAGGUGGAGCAAAAAAGUUUCUGUACUCUGGACCAAAGAAGAACACAGAUGUUGAGGAUGAUCUCCCUUGGAGCUUUAACUCAAAACCACAGAAAAACAACAACAGUGGUGUAAACGGAAGCUCGAAGUUGGACCUUGACAAUGUAUGGAGCAUACAGCGCAAUGUGAACGUGGGUGGGGUAAAGAAGCAGCCAAGGGCAGAUCAGUCACUCACCUACAAUGCAGACAAGGCCUAUUAUUCUCGCCAUGGAGGGGGGAAAGAUACAGAUGAGUUUGGAUCAUCAUUUGGGGGCCAAGCGAAUGGUGGAGGUAUUGACCCUGGAGGAAAGUCUUGGGCAUCAGGAAACCAGUCUCGCAGACCCUUUAGUUACGCAUUUGGCACGGAAAACCAAGCUUCACAGGACAAACCUGUUUCACCUAGAAACCAGUCUAAUUCUAGUGCAGGCUUAUACACACAGUCUUCUGACCAAUCACCCAACGGCAGUGCCAUAAAAGCAGGGACAAACUCUUUAAUGGGAAACAAUUUUAAUAGUAAUAACAGGGGGCCAGUUAGCAUGAAAAAUUUAUCCAGCAACACAAAUUCCAUGGCGGGUAAGCCUAUAACAUCAAACAGUUCUUCAAUUGGAGUAAGUCAGACUUAUAACCCUACUUCAAGGAACAGUCUAUUUAGUUCGUCCAAUCAGAACAGUUCAUUUGGUGCAUCCAAUCAGAAUGGAAUAUUUGGUCCAUCAAGCUCUAGAGGCCCAGGACAUGGUGACUUGCCCGCCUUUCUUUCUCCACAAAGUAGUCGGUCCUCCAUAGAUGGUCCGCAAAGCUCAAGAGGACCAGGCAAUGGUGACUUGCAGACCUUUCAGUCACCACAAAACGGUCGAGCCGCCACAGAUAGAAGCUCCACAAGACAAAAUAAAUCAUUUUGGUGAAUGUCAUCAUUGCAUUUUUCUGACACAAAGUGCUUUCAUUCUCUUGCAUUUCAUAUAACUAAGUCCUUGUUUUAAAAAGCAUGUGUUUCUUUUUACACAUUUAUCAGUGCAUUGGACUCAAAGAUUUGCCAUUUAUUAAACAAAAACUGCAUUUCUUUUUUUCAAAUUUUAUUUAUUGUUCCUGUUAAUUGUUUAGUUUUAGAAUUGUCGUAGUGCUGGUGUCGUCAUUACCAAUGAUAGUUGAGGAAUUUUGUAGUGCUGGUGUCAUCAUCGGCAAUGAUAGUUGAGGAGUUGUCGUAGUGCUGGUGUUGUCAUCAGCAAUGAUAGUUGAGGAAUUGUUGUAGCGCUGGUGUCAUCAUUAGCAGAGAUAGGACUUGUGCAAAAACUUGAACAUUUCGUUAUUGGUUAAAGAUGUUUUUGUUAAACUAUUACAAAUCUUUGGGACAUCUUUUAGAGAUCCCAUAAUACUGGCUAUAACAUUUCUUGAUUCAUACCCCUUUUUUGUCGGUGAAAAAUAGACGAGCACUGGCAUAAGCUUGUGAUGCACUUGUAGAUUGUAGGACAAAUCACCCCCCCCCCAGACAAAACACCUCCCAGACAAAACACCUCCCAGACAAAUCACCCCCUGGAAAAAACACCACCCAGACAAAACACCUCCCAGACAAGACACCCUUGCUCAUUUUUGUAUAGGAGGACAAAACCCCUCUUAUUUUAUUUUCAAGGCAGACAAAACAGCUUAAGUAUAAAAAAGGGUGGACAAAACACCCCUUUUUAACAUGUGGGUUUUUCCAGCUCCCUACUUGUGCAUUUCAAAUCUUUGUUUUAAUGUAAUGUGAGUAAUGUCUUUUUCACACAUCUGCUGACAAGAUAUAGAGUGUCUCUCUAGUGACAAAAUAUUGCAUUUAUUUAUCAUUUACUUAAUAUAUUAUUUACAUGUUAUGUUACAUAUAUUUCAAUGAAAUGUUCAUUUUUAACGUUUCCUGUGUAUAAGUGCAAUGUUAUUUAAAUUGACCAGAUUGGCUUAUUAGAUUCUGUUGAUUUGUUUAUUGAAACUGGGCCGAUUGUAGAGAACUUUGUUAAAGUAAACAGCAUGAUUAAUUGUUAACUUUUAAAAUUGAAUAUUUUAUGAUAUGCUCAUAUAAGUAAAUAAAACAAGUACAGCUUAAACAGUUGUCUGAAAUAUUGUUUGGAAACCAUAUAAAGUAUUUAAGUGUAUCAUUGAAACUCCCAGAGCAGUAAUGAUUUCAAAGUUAACAAUGAUGAUGUUAACAAUGUUGUGAACUUGAACGAAGUUCUGAACAACCGGCCCAGUACUGUUUUGAUUAUUGCAUGUGGAUGGUUUUGCCCUUCAUAAUGAUCAUAUAUGUAUGUAUGUAUGUUUGCUGACCAUUGAUAUCACUUGUACUGGUAGUCAUUCUUGCCCUAUGCUCUGAAUUUAGAUAAUUAUGUACACAUACUGUGCUAUGUUUAUGGUAUAUGUGAACUUUAAAGUGCUCAGAUAAAGCUUAUUUCAAAAUUUCAAACUUAAAAGCCUUAUUAAGUCCUUCUAAAAGUGAACACUUUCGCUGACUUGUUCACCCUUUAUAAUGUUUCUUAAGUUGCUAUUUUGUUUCAAUGAAACGGGAUAUUAUAUUAAUAAUUGAUAAAAUAACAACUGUUCUCUCUUGCUAAGCUGCGAUAAUAUAAAAAAUGUUUCAUACCUUUCAUCACAUUUUAUAUGCAACAAGAUUCAUCUUACCAAGCUAUUAUAAUGACAAAAUUGCUCAGAGCUUUUGCUAAAUAUUCAUUAUUUUAUAUUAUUGUAUAUGGUGUAAAUAAACAUGCUCGUAAGUGAUGACAUUUCUUUGAUUUAAAUAGUAUUUUUUUCAAUAUUAUAACAUUUAAUUUUUUACUUCUAUAAACUCAACCAACAGUUAGCAUGGCUGAAAACAAUUUUAACAUAAUAAAGGUACAAUAUAGAUAAAUUAAUUAUAACCAUCAUGCCGAUUCAAAUGAUAUUUGGCAGUGUGUUGUACAUUUGUAAAAUCUUCAGCAUGACAUGUUCACUGAUCUCAUUUCAUCAAUAUUUAUGUUAAAAACUACAGAAACAAGAUCAGUAGUCAAAAGUUUGAACAUAAAUCCCGUUAAAUGGCACAGGGUAAACGACAUAGAACUCAAAAACAAAAAAAUCAAGCCAAAAUCAAGCCAAAUUCAAGCCAAAUUACUUCCUAAAUUUUAUUAUACAUAAUAAAAAGUAAUUAAUCUGAUUUUCAUGAAAAGUCUAAAAAAACCUCUUUAAAUUGAGGAUAUAACACAAAAUAUACUGAAAAAAAUGGCGAUCUGAGCUUGAUGCUGUAACAAGGACUUCAGACUGUUCAAGAAUUUUGGAACUUAAUUUUGGCUUUUCCCUGUAUUUUUCAUUGUAUUAUUAAGAGACUAAAGAAUGUUCAAGAAUUUUGGAAAUUAAUUUGGGCUUGUCCCUGUAGUUUUCAUUGUGUUUUAUGACUAUUUAAGAAAUUUGGGCUUGGGUCUGGUUCACAUGUAUUUCACAUAAGAAUUUUGUGUGUUCUCUAUUAUGCUUACUAGUAUUUGCACAAAUAUAUACUUCUGCUGUUAUGAUAAUUAUUUAAAUAUGUUUAUAUUACCUUGUUAUCGUUGGUUUAUGUUGUCUUUGAGUUAAACUGUGAUACUUCUUGUGAUAAAAUAUACAUGCACACAAAAGAAAGCAUUUAAGUGGAGUUUCACUGUGCAUUUAUACGUUGUUGUGUUGUGUUAGCUGUUUAUAUAACACCUAGAUAUUUCAUGCAUUAUACAUGAGACAAGAGUUGUGAAAAUUGCAUUUUAUUGGCUGAAACUUUUUUUAAAUUAAUUUUGUUUGGCUGUUAAAACCCUAGAAUUUCAAAUUUGAUUUAAUUUCUUUUUUAGUUUCAAUAGAUAAAUUCCAGUCAAACAUAAAUUGUGUUUAUGAAAUUUACUUGGUUCUGUAUUUUCGGAUCUUGAAUGGGAAUAUUUUGUUUUGUUUUCUGAAGAUGGUUCGAUUUCCAUGACAAUUUUAUUAGCUUGUAUGUUUUUCAAAGAGAGAAGGCGCAGUAUUCUCGUAGCCUCUGUUUUUUUUGCGCAAAAACCUUAUUUGUAACUAACAAAAAUGAUAUUUAAUGAAACAUUUGGUGCCUGAUUAUACGUGCAAUUGUAUAGCAAGGCCCAUUAUUUUUUUAUUUAAUGAUUUUAAUGCUCCUUUUUGAAUUGUAUAAUAAAAGACAAGCUUUGGAGUUGGCUCUGUCGCUCUGUUGAUUCAGCUAAAUAAGUGACGUUGUUAUUAUGCUUGAAAUAUCACGUUGCUUUUCAUACGCAUAGAUCUUUUUUUUAAUUAAGAAAUCAAGAAUGAAUCAUUCGCAUGCUUCAUCAAUAUUUUAUUUUGACAAUAUAACACUGUGUCUUUAAUAUAAAUA